AUGACAUCCGCCACCGCAAUCGCGAUCGGCGUCCUUUUAGCGGCUCUACUAUACAAGUAUAUCAUUUACCCUUGUUGUUUAUCGCCCAUCUCCAGCGUCCCCAACGCACAUUUCACAUCACCCAUCUCGACUAGGUGGAUAGAAAAGCAACGCAAUGCGGGCAAAGAAGUCCUUACCAUCUACAACCUACACCAGAAGCUCGGUCCUGUGGUGCGACUGGGGCCGGAUGAACUGAGCGUGAACUCACUCAGCGGCCUGAAGACAAUCUACACGGGCGCAUUUGAGAAACACUCAUUUUACAGCGACGUUUUUAUCAAUUUCCAAACGCCGAAUCUAGUUGGAAUGCUGCAUAACAAUCCCCACGCUCGUCAGAAGCGUAUGCUCAGCAGGAUCUACUCCAAGUCGUAUCUGCAGGAGUCGCGGGAUCUACGCGAUAUCUCGAGCAUUGUUCUGUCCCAAAGGUUGUUUCCAAUUUUACGGCAUGUAGCCAAAUCCGGAGAGGCAAUCAAUGUGUUGCCUUUGUUCCAAGCCGUGGGAAUGGACUUCACGUCGUCUUACUUGUUCGGUACAAAGAAUAGCACUACGUACAUCUUCCAUCUUCCGGAGUGGCAACAAUGGUUGGAGGAAUAUGAGAAGUUUAAGUACAUGAGUGUACAGGAUAGGUACAUGGGUUUCAUCGAAAGCUGGUGUCUUUCACUUUGCCGCAAGGUCGAGAAUAACGAUCAGCCGAACGAUGUGCCUAUCGCCACGAGUGCGGUGGUAUAUAACCAGCUUCGGCAGUCGCUUGAGAAGGACACGGACAACCGACCCCUCGAAUUAGCUAUUGCAUCGGAGGUACUCGAUCAUCUUGUAGCAGGUCAUGAAACUAGCGGAAUUACCUUCACCUAUAUGAUGUGGGAGCUCUCUCAACAUCCAGAGCUGCAAGCUGAGUUGCGCCGAGAGCUCCUCACACUGACGCCGAAUCUGAGAUCCUUAUCUGUCUCAGAUGAUACAGUGGGCCUAGCAUCUCUCCCUUCGCCAUCGGCAGUUGAUGCUCUUCCCUUGCUAGAUGCAGUCCUCCGAGAAACUCUGCGGUUGCAUUCCCCCGCACCAGCACCAUUACCUCGCGUAACACCAGCCUCCCCGGCCGGCGUAUCAAUUGAUGGCUACCACAAUAUUCCUGCUGGCGUACGCGUGAGCUCCUCUUCGUACUCGUUGCACCGUAUCGAAGAGGUUUACCCCCAGUCGUCAGAUUGGCUCCCCGAACGGUGGCUCAAGCCCGAACCAGGCAAGAUUCACGAUAUGCGCCGACUAUUCUGGCCGUUUGGAAGUGGUGGGCGCAUGUGUUUGGGUAGUAAUUUUGCUCUGCAGGAAAUCAAACUCGUGAUGGCAGCGGUCUACACGAACUUUACGACUUCUAUUGUUGACGACGAGGGCAUCGAGCAGGACCAUGCGUUCAUUUCCCUGCCCCUGGGGCGUAAGCUUAUGUUGAAAUUUACUCCUGUGACGGAGGCAUAA